AUGAAUAAUGUGUCCGUCGCUGUGCAGGUUGGCGAGGAUGUCGAUAUAAUCCCGAAUUAUAUUUACCACUGCAACGCCCAAAAUCCGUCUGGAGAAGGAGCAUUCCAUGCCAUGAGCAUGCAGUUCGGCUGGGCCAAAGACCCCAUGUUGGCUCGAAUGGACCUUUUGGAUCCUUCUGUUCCUAUAACGCUUAUUUACGGAGCCGGAUCCUGGAUUAGUUCGGAGCCCGGAGCACGUAUUAAGGAAAAACGCGGCGAAUCCGUGAGGCUUGAAAAAAUUGCUUCAGCCGGUCACCACGUCUACGCUGAUCGUGCGGAUCUUUUCAACGACUUGGUCAACGAAGUCUGUGAAAAUGUGGAUCUUCUGAAGGGAACCGCAGCUGAAAUAGAAUCGAAGAAAGAGGCGGUAUCAGCCACUCCGAAAAUGUUGUGCAAUGAAAGGCUGCUUGUGCCAAAGUUCAGGAAUAUUUACGUAGGAUUGCGGGCUCUGCAAAUUGAUGUUGCUACCAUUUUUGCAAAAAUGUGCUAUCUGCUCAACCUUGUGACAGAUUUACGAGAAACGAUGGUUUUACUGGCGGUGAAUGUGGGUGACAGUGUUACUUCAAUGGCGGGUAAAGUUGUUGAUGCGUUCAUGCGGCUUGGAAUGCCUGGUUUUUCGACCGCCGCUGGUCGUCCAUCGGUUGGAAAUCGGACCGAAGUGAAAGAGUGUUCUGCUGAAGGAGGUGAUACGAACGAAAAUGUCGAGCCGCGUGUUGAAGAUAAAGGCAUCCUUGCUUUGCCAUGGAACUGGUACAAUUCCUGGCGUUGGUGUCCCACGUCGGAAGCGCAUGUUGCCAUGGCGGAAACGCGAAUUAUGUCACGGGUCGAGUCGAAAUUCACGGGAAAGCAAGUUGACUUCUUCAGCCCUUAUGACAGCUCUCCGCAUCAUGUGUGGACGCUAUGUUUCGAAUCAGACAACAAAUCUAUUCCUCUCGUGCUUGUGCAUGGUUUUGGAAACGGAGCUGCGUUCUGGUGCAUGAAUUUCGACUCCAUUUCAAAAUCCCGGAAUGUGUACGCUGUUGACAUGCCGGGUUUCGCCAGAAGUUCUCGGCCCAAGUUUUGUACCGACGCUCAGAAGAUUGAAGAAUUUUACGUCCAUUCGCUUGAAGAAUGGAGACGGCAAAUGAAUUUGGAAAAAUUCAUUCUCUUGGGACACAGCAUGGGCGGAUUCGUAGUGUCGCGGUAUGCUACUACGUAUCCUGAAAGAGUGGCACACUUGAUCCUCGUUGAUCCUUGGGGAUUGAGCAAAAUUGGCGAAGGGAUUGAUUGGUCGAAACCGAUACCACUUUGGAUCCGGAGCACGUACUUGACGAGAAUAAAUCCUUUGAGGAUCGUACGUGCAUUUGGACCUCUUGGACCGAUCGUCAGCAAGAUUGGUGCUUACUACGCCUGGAACCGAUAUUCUUGGUUUUUGAAAGACGAAGCAAGUGCAAUGGCUGAUUACUUAUUCCACGGUAACGUUCUUGCGCGAUCCGGUGAAGACGCCUUCCAAGCUCUCACUCACGACCUGUUCUGGGCAAAAAAUCCAGCUCUGGAUGAGUUAAUCAAAGUGGAUCCCGCUUUAGGAAUAUCGUUUGUAUACGGUGCCCAGUCUUGGUUGGAUUCUACUCCGGCCGAGAUGACCCGGGCGAAGCGACCAGGUGGCUUCGUCGGACUUGACGUGGUUGAAAAUUCCGGCCAUGAUAUAUUUGCCGACGCUCCGCAGGAAUUCAAUCGGAUUGUGAACAAGAUUUGUGAGAAUGUGGAGGUGGAAAACCGUUGAGAGCUACCUGAUGAGUUUGCGAAGCAUGAGAAAUUGAUGGUUACAAGUGCAAAUAUUCCGGGUGAAUGGGUGUUCGGUGGGGGUGCAAGUAUUCGUUACGCGAAAAGCUACUUCGAUGACGCGGACAAGUGUAAUCAUACAAUACACAUGUUCACUGAAUGAGACGUGGACUCUUGGAAUGCAGAUUGUACGUUCUGAUGGAUUGUACAAGUAUGUUUGACUGGAUGUGUCCAUCGACGCAUCUACAAUGGCAUAUUCCUUAACGCAUUUUCGCUCGCAAUCAUGCGUCGAAGACCAAAGUUUUGAGUGAAACAACCUGGUGCAAAAAUUUGACAUCGUCUAGUGGCGUACUUUUUGAUUUAUUUGAUCCAAAGAUACUGGACUGAAUAAGAAGACAUGCCCAUCAAGAAAUAUUUAUGAAAGGGAAUAGCGAUGUGCGGAAGAUACUAUUGCAAGAAAGGGCUUUUUCUUGUGAAUGUCUGCGUUUGUGCGUGUUUAUUGAACGCAUUUCGCGGUCCCGUUGAAUUAACACGUCGGUAAUGCUGCGAUUGCAUAUUCAUUUGUGUUACCGUGAUGAAACGUGCUGUGGAUUCAAGUUUUGUUUCCGAACAUUUCGUUCGAAUUAACUCGACCUAAGAAAAGUUCUGCAAUGUCUGCUCUCAAAUUUUUUCCGUAUUGGAUUAAUCAUGUGAGAAUGGUGAUACGAAGGAAAGUUUUUGGUUAUCCAUUUCAAUGCUUCCUUACUCUUGUGUGUAUACCGAGGGUUGAAUCAUGAGGAAGCAUGCGUACGAUUUGACUUAGCUUAUGAAAAAGUCAUGACAUUUUUCAAAGAUCCUAUCAAAGGUUUUGUCUCCUCUGAUGGAAAGCGUGAUAAUUAGCGAGCAUUUGAACUGUUUCAAGUCCCUAGAAGCUAGAACAAUCCGAAGAAAUUUAGGAUCAUGCCAGUCUUUUCCUCCAAAUCUCUGUGCACAUUCAAAAAAAAAAAUGAAUGAUCUCAAAGUAUUUUUUGCUGAAGAAAUCAAGGGAUGGAGGGCUCAAUAUCUGGAUUUUGUAAAUAUUAAUAUGCGCAGAAUGUGAGUAAUGAGAUUCAAUCUAAUAAUUGAAUAAAUACAAAUCAUAUGCGGUGUUCAUUCCGAGUACUGUACUGUACUGUAUCCCGUAGCUGCAAAACAAUUUUUUUUAUGUGGAGACAGAUCUUGUCAUGAAGAAAGGUUCAUAUUGGAUGCUCAUUUUGGAAUCAUGCCGGAAUGCAGAAUUUCGUUGAUUACGUUCGUACAGUGUUUGUUUUGUUGAAUGCGUUAGUCCGUUCGGGUGAUUCGUUUGUUUAUUACGGGACGUGAUCGGAAUUCUUGCUUAAUGUACUCGUAUUUGAGAAGAA